CCUCCCUCAGACAUGCGUGUUGUACUGUCGUCUCGUAUUUCUCCACUCGCCUCUUGUUUAUAUACAUUUUUAUUAAAUAACAUUAUUACAAAAAAAAUGUACGCAUUGUACUUGAAGUGAGACUUGAGACGACCUGCGUCACUGACACGGGAAAACCUCCAGCACCGGCCGUGUCCGCUGGACCCUCUCGACGGUGGGGAGCGAUGGCGUCCGUGUGGCAGCAGGAGCCGUCCGGUUACUCCUCGUGCGUGGAGAUCGACUCCAGCACCGUGAGGUGCGGCAAAGACAGACUGACCUCCCCCGUCUGGCUGAAGCAGGAGCAGGACGAGCUGCGCGUCAUCAAGUGGGACAACUUCCAGUCGGGGGGGUCGGCCGACGCCGUCCAGGACAACACGCCCAGCAGCGCCAUGUCUGACGGCCUGCCCCCCCGGGUGCUGCUGACCAUCACCAAGCUGCAGUGCAUGCUGGAGAGCAAACAGGAGCGCAUCGCGGCGCUGGAGCGGCAGGUGGACGACCUGAUGCAGGACCGCAAGUUCCUGAGGAGCCAGAUUGAAAACCUCACGUGUAACCGCGUCCUGCCGACCUUCGCGUCGCCGAGCCCGCUGACCGAAGCGCCCAAAGCCAUCAAGGUGCAGCACUCGGAGAACAGGUCCCGGAAGAGGGAGAGGCCGUCCUCCUGCUCCUCGGGCGGCAGCGGCAGCGGCUCCGAGGCGUCGCAGUCCUCCGCGGCGUCGGUGGCCUCGAGCGAACACCGGAGGAGGAAACACCACAAGGACAGGAAGAGGUCCAAGAAGGGGCGGGACUACAGCAGGAAGAGAGCCACGGGGGUCCAGUACGUCAUCCACCGCUACAAGCAAGUCCUGUCGUCCUUCAUCAAGAAGAAGAGCAUGAGCGAAGCCUUCCGCCACCUGGGCAUCGACCGCAACACCAUCGCCAACACGGCCUCCAUCGCCGAGCUGCACCUGGCCGGCAAAGACAUGGUGCCCCUGGUGGGCUUGUUCCGCCAGGGGGAGGAGACUCUGGUCAGCUACGCCCACCGCUGCACCCUGGUCAUCGACAGCGACGCCGACCUGUCCCGCAAAAUAGACCAUAUGAAGGCCAGCGGCGAGCUGCUGCCCAUCUCGGGGAAGAGGCCGAGGGUGCUGCACUCCCACCUGCAGCAGCUGGGGGGCGCCGCAGAGAGCAUUUUAAUAGGUUGAGGAUCGUUCCAAGGCAUGGAGGAGGGGGGGGGGGGAUGCUGUCACAGAAAUACAUGUUCCUUUGUUUGUUUUUCCAACUUGAACUUCUGGAUUCAAAUGUGUGUGUGUGUGUGUGUGACAUUUCAGCAUCUAAAAAAAAGAAGUUGAUUUUAUGCCUCAAGGGGAACAAACUUUAUUAUUAUUCCAGUUGAUGCAUCUCACAUUCAGGAUGUGUGUUUUGUACUCGAGAGCCAUUAAAGAGGAUCGAUAGCCGA